AUGCUUGUUUUGUACAAAUAUCUGUUCCUGCGAAAAAAGAUACAUGAUGUUAUAAAGAUAAAAAAGUCCCGAAGAUCCGCCUCCCGACCAAUUCACGAGUGCUUCAAAUGCGGAGCGUGUUUCUGUCACACCAUAAAACUAGUGGAGCACCUGAAGAACCUCCACGGGAUCGACAGAGCGUUCAGCUGCGACGAGUGCGGCAAAACGUUCAGAAGCCCCAUGAACAUCGCCCGCCACAAACUAAUACAUACAGGCUCGAAAAGAUUCGCCUGUGACCUGUGCGACUACAGAACUAACCAGAAAUCGAAUCUGGAGAGCCAUCAGCGUCGUCACAUGAAGGAUUACGCUUUCAAGUGCGACCAGUGCGACAAGGGUUUCUUCCUGAGGAGGGAAUACCUGGAGCACGUAAACGUCCACACUAGAAAACAACUGUUCCGCUGCGAUCACUGCGACAAAUCGUACCUUUACAAACGAAAUUUAACUACACAUCUCAGGGCUCAGCACCCGAGUGUCCUGCAUGUGGAGUCCAGCAGCGACAAACAGAAACACGCAUGCAGUGUCUGCUUGGAGAGUUUCGCGAGGAAGUUGUCUUUGAAGAAGCACUUGAAGCAACGUCACGGUUUGCACGAGAAGACUAAUUAUUUGUGCGAUCUGUGCGGGGCUGUGCUGUCCUCCAGAAGAGGUUUGGUGGUCCACAGACGAACGCAUACGAAUGAGAAGAUCGCCAAAUGUGAUAUGUGCGAGAAACAGUUCACUAGCAAACAGAACCUUGAACUUCAUCGACGGGUGCACACCGGUGAAAAACCUAAUGUUUGCAAACAGUGCGGGAGAAGGUUCACGCAACGUACUUCUUUGAUACUGCAUCUGAGGUAUCAUUCGGGGGAGAGACCGUACCACGACUGGACCAAUGAACAAGAGGAGAUUGCUGGCUGCGAAGAAAACGAGGAUGUUCUAGAUUCAGAACAGAAAUUCGAAGGAAACGAAAAAAGCUGUGAUAUUUGCCAAGAAAAGUUUCACUUCGUGACGAGAUUAGUAGCCCACUUGAGGAUCGUUCAUGGUAUCCAAAGACCUUUUAAAUGUGGCACCUGUGAUAAGACGUAUCCUCAGCAGUUUAUGCUGAACGCCCAUGUGAAGAAAUCACAUACACCCAAAACGAUACCAUGUGCUCAGUGCAGUUUCAUGGGGGUGGACACUUCUGAUGUUGAAAGACACAUUAAACGACAACAUAGCGAGGUCAAAUUCACUUGCGAGAUUUGUAGCGAGAAUUUUAACGAUAAGGAGUCCUUAGUGACGCAUAGAACGAUGCACAAUUUUAUGCCGUUUCAACAGUGCAAUGCUUGUGGUAGCACCUUUGAUGACGUGUACAGGUAG